AUGAGUCGCAGGAGUACUAUAUUCGCCUCUGGUGGGGUGCAUUCCCUGCUUCUUCUGGCCUACUUAGUAAUAUUUUUGAAUGUUAAAUGUUCAGAAGGGGCAGCUGUGAAUAACAGCGACGGCGGAUUGGUCGAGGCACAGGUGCAAGAUGAGAUGCACAAGCUUGACACGGAGGUUACUCCCCCCGCUAUCCAGCCGCCUGAUGGCAACGCCCAAGCCUCUCCAGAGAUGCAUUCUGCAGAGGGUGACGCGUAUUUGCUGCAAAAUAGGGAACAGCAGCCUAUCCAGGGCAGAGGAACUCCCCACCCAUCUACUUCUGGCAUUUUAGGCCGCGUUGUUACGAUGGGUCUGCUUGCCUCGGUUGUGGUCCUCAUGGGUUUAGUAUCUUGGGAGGUUAUGAAUUUUGUGGGUGAUGUGCCCGAUCCAUUUAAAGAUGUGAAGGAUCCCACUUUAAUCCCCGUGAUGAUCGAGGACAUGUUGGCCGGGGGGAAGUCGAUCGCCUUCGUUGUAAGUCGAAGUGGCGGGAAGGAGGACAUGUUGCCCGAUCCAUUUAAAGAUGUGAAGGAUCCCACUUUAAUCCCCGUGAUGAUCGAGGACAUGUUGGCCGCGGGGAGGUCGAUCGCCUUCGUUGUAAGACGUUGCAAGUACUGCGGCAUCGGGAUUCGGGCACUGAAAAGGGCCGGGAAGGAUACGGUGGUGGUUAUGGUCGAAGGGCAUCCUCACCAAGGUGUUAUCAGUCGACAUCUGAGGAACAGACAGACGUUGCAAGUACUGCGGCAUCGGGAUUCGGGCACUGAAAAGGGCCGGGAAGGAUACGGGCAUCCUCACCAAAGUGUUAUCAGUCGACAUCUGAGGAACAAAUACGGCGCUAGAGGAUUUCCGUUCUUCAUCAUUGACGGCGAUCGAUUUGGCUACCUGACAAAAAUAAAGCAAUACUUGGCGGAUGAGUCUCCCCGUUGA